CAUCAUAUUUUGCCUUUCACCCAAUGCCCCCAUAUAACGUCAAUAUAGGUUUUCUCUUCCCCUCCGGCAGUUUCAGAUGCCAUGGCCGCCAUGGCGGCGAACCCCUUCACCCCCAACUCCCCCGCCCAUUACCGCCACCAAAGUCCUUCCUUUAUCCGUUCCCCCACCAUCCGAUGCUUCUCCCAUCCCACCAAAACCCUAACCCCGGACAAAUUCCAUCCCGCCGAACCCUCCCCCAUCUUUCACUCCGUCAAAUCAUUCGCCCCUGCUACAGUCGCCAACCUCGGCCCUGGUUUCGAUUUCCUCGGCUGCGCCGUCGAUUCCCUCGGCGACACAGUUACCGUCUCCAUCGACCCCUCCACCCCUCCCGGCACCAUCACCAUCUCCUCCAUCUCCGGCGACCACCCUUCAGCUCUCUCCAAGCUCACCCGAAACCCUAACUUCAACUGCGCCGGAAUCGCCGCCGCGGCAGCCAUGCGCAUGCUAGGCGUCCGUUCAGUCGGCCUCUCUCUCCACCUCCACAAAGGCCUUCCCCUCGGCAGCGGACUCGGCUCCAGCGGCGCAGCCGCCGUCGCCGUCAACGCGCUUUUCGGCGGAGUCCUAUCACAAUCCGACCUUGUUUUAGCCGGCCUCGAAUCCGAGAAGAAGGUCAGCGGCUACCACGCUGAUAACAUCGCUCCCUCCCUCAUGGGAGGAUUCGUUCUCAUCAGAAACUACAGCCCGCUUCAAUUGAUGCGACUUGAGUUCCCCAUAGAUCGGGAGAUUUUGUUUGUGUUAGUGAGUCCGGAAUUCGAGGCUCCGACGAAGAAGAUGAGGGCGGCGUUGCCGGAGUUGGUGAAGAGGGAGGACCAUGUGGCAAACUCAAGCCAGGCGGCGGCGCUGGUUGCUGCAAUUCUUCAAGGAAAUGUGAGUGUUUUGGGGUCGGCGUUGUCGUGUGAUGGAAUCGUGGAGCCCAAGAGGGCGCCUUUGAUUCCUGGAAUGGUGGAUGUAAAGAAGGCGGCGGUGAAAGGUGGUGCUUUUGGUUGCACGAUAAGUGGGUCGGGGCCAACAGCGGUGGCGGUGGUGGAUGAUGAGAGUAAGGGAAAGGAGAUUGGAGAAAAGAUGGUGGAGGCCUUUUUGUUGGGAGGGAAUUUGAAGGCUACUGCUGUGGUGGCAAGGCUUGACAGGGUGGGAGCAAGGGUUAUAAGCAGCAAUUCAGAAUAGUUUGGAGAUACGCAAAUAAAGAAGAC